AUGGAUGAUGUAUUCAAUAGCGAAAUAUCUGAUGUCCAUUCAGAGUUAGAAGUUGGGUCACGAGACUGGGAACGUCGUGCUGAGGAGGUUUAUAGUGCAGGUAUACGAGAAGGAUAUUUCGCCAAAAGUGACGUUGUUUUACAAAACGAAUUUAAUAUUGGUGUUGAUCAAGGAUUUGCAUCGACAUUUGAACUGGCAGUUUUAAAAGGGCGAUUAUCAGUAAGGUUAUACUAUUCAACAGGCGAAAAACAUUCGAAAAUUAAAAAUCUCGUUAAGUCAAUUGACGAAAAAGAAAAACAGCUCAUAUCACUGGGUUCUAUAGAAAAAGAUUUAACUUACCAACAGCUUGUACAUGAGGCUGAAGUUAUCUUAGCAUCUUAA